AUGGAAAAAUAUUUUUUAAACGAAACCCCUGAGAAAAUAACAAUAAUAACUGCAAUGAUACUUAAAGCCUUAAUUCUCAACAAAAAUGAAAAAGAACGUUUCGAAAAAUUAAUGUCUCUUGAAGAUACCAAGGCUGACGUUCAUUUUAAAGCUCUUGAAGCACUCAUGGAAGCGGGCGCGUUGAUAAUACCAGUAGAAAUUUCUCAGUGGAAAGAAGAUGCCGAGGAAAAUAUUAAUAAGCUGCAAAAAAUUUUGAAACAUCGCAUAGAAUCAAAAAGUGUAUUUAAUCGAAGUACUGUCUCACGUCUCUGUUCUCAACUAUACAAGAAACUAAGUAAUACGGAUGUUGAAGAUUUGACGUACGAUAAUCCACUAGCAAGUGGCAUUAUAUGUAAUGAAUCUGAAUUAACGGGUAUUUUGAAAAUGAAGCUUGAAAAUAAUUCUGAUUUAAAACAAUCUUCUGAAAAUUUGGUGAAGAGUCAUCAAGCAUGGAAAAACAGAAGGAACAAAAUACGCUUUGGAAAUAAUGUAGAUUAUGGGAUUUUGUUUGACGAAAGAAAAGAUAUAAUUAAAUUUGCAAGAAGAAUAUCUAACACUCUUGAUAAUGCAUGGAGGUCACAACAUUAUGCUAUGAUGGCCAGUUCAUUAGAACAGAUUAAUGAAGGAACAUACGUUGCAGAGGUAUUAGCACCUUUGCUAACCGCUACUUUUUCAGAAUUACCAAUCCCUAUGAUGGGAGAAAUUGAGAGUCCUUCUAGUAAGGCUCGUAAAAAAUCACGUGGAGAUAAACCGGAUUUUAUGUUACGCGUGAAAGUCGGUGAUAAAGAACUAGAAUUAGUUAAUAUGGAAACAGGACGACCUGAAUCUGAUUGGCGGAAACAAAUUUCUGACCAUAAUAGACUAGCACGUGGCGGACGGUAUCUAUCAAUUCAUGUUUUUUCCAAAGCCAAAGAAGGAUAUUAUCGUUUUGUUAAGAUGCGUCAGACUGAGAUUCCCCUGUUUGAAAGCAAGCCUGAUCAAGUAUUUGAGUUGAUGCAAUUAUUGUUAGAAUUACGAACUGCUGUUAUUUCGACAGCCAGAAUGCUAUUUUAUCGAUACACAACAAGACGUUAUAAAAAGUAUAAGAGUAGUGUUUCUGGCAUUAAACAAAC